AUGAUUUUGUAUAGAAGAAUUCCAGGAAUUUUAUAUACACACAAGUAUACGGUGUACUCUAUAGCUAUUGUUAUAUUCACUUUUAUUUAUCUGUUAUUUAAAUUCAAUGUGCUGUGCGUCAAUCUUCAAGCCUGGCAUCAUGUUUCGAUACUGUGUCAUCUUUACGAGAGUGGUCUUGCAGUAGGAUCCUUGUGUGCUCCACUAUGCGUCACAAAAGAUAUCCAUUCUCUAACCUGUCACUCCUUCGAAGCUACGAAAGAAGCAGUCUUCAGUGCAGAGUGGCAUGACACACGUCUAGUGUUUAAAUCAGUACCAAAAGACAUCCAAGCCAUUCACUGGUUCGACAAUGGAAUUGUAAAAUAUCCGUCAGAAAAAGAGUUCCUACAAACAAUAAGAGCCGUAGUAAAAAAUAAGUUUAAUCUAACAUUGGCUUAUGAUACAGCUAUUCGAUUAUCAAGACUUAAACCCACAUACGAAGAAAAGAAUAGAUUGAAGAGGAGGAAGGAAAUAGACAACCUAUGGUUAUUGCUACAGGAUAACGAAUAUCUUCUGUCGGCUUUAUUUACAGAUAAGGAUGUGUUUCCCCAACUUCUAGGUACAUGUGGUCCCUACUUCGCCGUAGAAUACCUAGAACCCAUUCCAUCCAUGUCGUCGUUGUUAACAGCCAGCGACAGUAUGGAAAAUUGGGGAAAACGUUUAAAACUAGCGGUUCAAAUACUAGAUCUAUUAGAAAAACUAGAAACCAAAUUUAGGGAACCCUUUCACCUUUGUGACCUUAAACUGGAGCAUUUUGGAAUAGUGAAAAACCAGAACACUCUCAAAUUUAUCGAUUUGGAUGGAGUGCUACCAAAAUCUGUUGUUAAUUCGAUUAUAAAAGAAGUUGAGUAUUGUAAAAGUGAUAAUGACUGUGAUUUCAUUGAUUGUCGUUCAAGAUGCGAACAUGGAAACAAAUGUAGCAGUUAUGUAGCAAACAACAAUUUGCAAAUUGUUUGCGAAAAAAUAUUUCUAGGUUGGAGAAUGGCGAAUACAAUUCUCGUUCCUGGGCUACUGAUAUCCGAACAUACACCCUCCGAGCUAGCAUCCCUUCUCAGACAAUGUGCUAAUCCCGAAAGUGAACAUGGAAAGCCCAGAGUAGCUCCAGACCGUGAUAUAAAGAAGAGGCUUUAUAGCGUGUUAUCAGAAAUAGAGCAGACUGUUAAUAGUGACGUUUUUCUCUAAUUUUGUUAUAUUUGAUAUAUAGAUAUUUGAGCAAUAUUAA